AUGGAAAAGGAAUUGGUUGCGACUACUGAAGUUGUAACUACCGAUAUAAAGAAUGCUGAGGGUAUAUGCUCGAAUAAAAUCUUAGAGAUUAAUGGGGACCUCAAGGCAGAGAUCAACUCGGAAAGUGUUGAUGUCGAGAUUGAUGAGCAAGAUGUUUCUUCUGAUGAUAUCCAUGAUUCAAGUGAAGAAUUAGAAGAUGAGAACCCAGAAAUUGUUAAAGAUGAAAAGUAUUGGGAAGAACGUAGACAUAAGUUUAUUUUGGAUGUAGACCCUAAAAUAGCAAAAUUAAGAGAUAAAAAUGACACAUAUUUAAGAUUCAAACAUCUUUUGAAUGUUACUGAUCUUUUCAGACAUUUCCUUGGGAUUAGAGCAAAACAAGAUAAGAAUAUUCAAAAAUUGUUGAAACGUAUCGAUGAAGAAAAUUCUAAAAAAUUAAAUCAUUCAGCAAAAAGUGGUAGAGCAAAAUCUAAAGGUUCACGUCAUGGUAGAAAAUCAGAGAAGGAAGAAGAUGCAGAGUUGCUAGUAGAAGAAGAAGAUGAUGAUGUUGAUGAUAAGCUAACUUUAGAUAGUAAUCAGUAUGUCUCAAAAUCACCGUCAUAUAUAAAAUCGGGCACAUUAAGAGAUUAUCAAAUACAAGGUUUAAAUUGGUUGAUAUCGUUAUAUGAAAAUAAAUUAUCUGGUAUCUUGGCCGAUGAAAUGGGUCUGGGUAAAACAUUGCAAACUAUAUCAUUCUUGGGAUACUUAAGGUAUCACAAGCAAGUCGAUGGACCAUUUUUAGUAAUAGUACCGAAAUCCACUCUGGACAACUGGAGAAGAGAAUUUAAAAAAUGGACACCAGAUGUUAAUGCAGUAAUUUUACAUGGUGAUAAAGAAAAAAGACAUGACAUCCUACAGAAUAGAGUACUACAGGCAAAAUUUGAUGUUUUAAUUACAUCUUAUGAGAUGAUUAUUAAAGAAAAAAACGUUUUAAAAAAAGUAGCAUGGGAGUACAUUGUAAUUGAUGAAGCUCAUCGUAUCAAAAAUGAACAGAGUUCCUUAUCACAAAUAAUUAGAUUAUUUUACUCUAGAAACAGGUUGUUGAUAACUGGUACGCCUUUGCAAAAUAAUCUACAUGAGUUAUGGGCCUUAUUAAAUUUUCUGUUAUCUGAUGUUUUUUCUGAUUCCGAAUUAUUUGACGAAUGGUUUGAACAAAACAACAGCGAAGAAGAUCAAGAAGUUGUUGUUCAACAGCUGCAUACAGUACUGAAUCCAUUUUUGUUAAGAAGAAUAAAAGCAGAUGUUGAGAAAUCACUCCUUCCAAAAAUUGAAGUUAAUUUAUACGUUGGAAUGGCUCAAAUGCAAAGAAAAUGGUAUAAAUCCUUAUUAGAAAAAGAUAUUGAUGCUGUAAAUGGUGCUGUCACAAAAAGAGAAGGUAAAACAAGAUUAUUAAAUAUCGUAAUGCAACUGAGAAAAUGUUGUAAUCAUCCAUAUCUAUUUGAAGGUGCAGAACCAGGUCCUCCUUACACAACGGACGAACAUCUAGUUUUUAACUCAGGGAAAAUGAUCAUAUUGGAUAAAUUAUUGAAGAGACUAAAAGAAAAAGGUUCUCGUGUACUGAUAUUCAGUCAAAUGUCGAGACUGUUAGAUAUCUUGGAAGAUUAUUGUUAUCUAAGAGACUAUGAAUAUUGUAGAAUUGAUGGAUCUACAUCUCAUGAAGAACGUAUUGAAGCUAUUGAUGAGUAUAAUAAACCUGAUUCAGAUAAGUUUAUAUUUUUGUUAACAACCCGUGCAGGUGGAUUGGGUAUUAAUCUUGUUACUGCAGAUACAGUAGUGCUAUUUGAUUCUGAUUGGAAUCCCCAAGCAGAUUUACAAGCUAUGGAUAGAGCACAUAGAAUCGGUCAAAAAAAACAAGUUUAUGUCUAUAGGUUUGUAACUGAAAAUGCAAUUGAGGAAAAGGUGAUUGAAAGAGCUGCCCAAAAACUAAGGUUAGAUCAACUAGUGAUACAACAGGGGACAGGUAAAAAAACUGCAUCAAUUGGUAAUAAUAAAGAUGAUUUGAUAGAGAUGGUACAAUAUGGUGCUAAGGAUGUAUUUGAGAAAGAAGAAGGUGUCAUGACUGAGGAUAUUGAUAUAGAUGAAAUUCUACAGAAAGGUGAAAAGAAAACAAAAGAACUGAAUGCAAAAUAUGAAUCUCUAGGUCUAGAUGAUUUACAAAAAUAUAAUGGGUUGGAAGGUCAAUCAGCCUAUGAAUGGAAUGGACAAGAUUUCCAAAAAAAGCAGUCAGAAGAAAAGUUUGUAUGGAUUAAUCCAUCAAGGAGAGAAAGAAGAAGAGAACAGCAGACCUAUUCGGUUGAUGAUUAUUAUAAGGAUAUAAUAGGUGGUGGUUCAAAAAGCAAAGACAAAAUUUCCAAAUCACAAAAACCUCCCAAAGCUCCAAAGAACAUCAAUUUGCAAGAUUUUCAAUUUUAUCCAAAGGAGUUAGUGCCUUUGUUAGAAAAAGAACAACUAGCAUAUAAAAAGAAAGUUAAUUAUAGAGUUACAAAGUAUGAUGUCAGUGAAAUGUCUUUUAAUGAAGAUGAUCUGUCAGAUAAUGAUUCUGAAACACCAGCUGAUGAAAAUUUGAAAAAAAAAAUAAAAGCUCUACAAGAUGCGAUAAAUAACAGUGAAGAAUUUACUAAAGAGGAUGAAUUGGAGAAACAGAGAUUGAUUUCGAAGGCAUUUUUAAAUUGGAAUAAAAGGGAUCUGUUUGCAUUUGUUAAUGCAUGUUCAAAGUACGGUAAAGAUAAUAUCGAUAUGAUUCAAAAGUCGUUCGAUUCAAAAACUCCAGAAGAAGUUAAAGCCUACCAUAAAGUAUUUUGGGAAAGAUAUUCUGAACUUAAUGGUUAUGAAAAAUAUAUAGCAACAAUUGAAACCGGCAUGAGAAAAAUUGAGAAGUUAAGAAUUCAAGAAUUAUUAGUAAGGAAGAAAAUUCAGCAAUAUUCAUUUCCUCUACGUGAAAUGAGAAUCCAAUACCCACCAAAUAACGCACGCAAAGUUUACAGUACUUUAGAAGACAAAUUUAUUCUAAUGAUGAUAGAUAAGUAUGGUUUAUUUGAUGACAAAUUUUAUGAAAAGUUAAAACAAGAGAUACUUACAAGUAAACAUUUUACAUUUGAUUGGUAUAUAAAGUCUAGGAGUACAAAUGACUUGUCAAAAAGGGUGACGACUCUGCUAUCGUUAGUUCAAAGAGAAUUUGAAGCCCCAGCAACAUUGAAAAAGAAGAGGACAAAACCAUUAAGUAGAGAAGAAACCCCUGUUUCUUAUACUGCGACUCCAGUUCCACUUCCUUUCAAUACAGUUUCAGGUGGUACAUUCAAAAAAUUUAAACAUAAUGGAUAA